GAUGUUCGCCUAACCACACACAUGCACAUGAUAGUAGGCCCGGUUGCACCUUUGCUCGUGUUACUUAUGUUAAUAUUAAUUAAUCAUUUAUAAGUGUUGUUUAUAAAAGUGCUGGAUGCGCGUGCCCGACACGCCGCUCGCUCCCGUCUGUCCGCUGCUAGCUGCAGCUCGUAAACAUGGCUGCACUCAUUCUCAAGUUCCCUAACCUGCUGGGUUUGAGAGUAUUCCCACAAAACCUGUCAUGGACCAGGGGUGGUGUGAGGUUUGUUUCAGGAGGGGUGCGGAGGAUAGAGAAGGUUCUGAUCGCCAACCGGGGGGAGAUUGCCUGCCGUGUGAUGCGGACAGCCAAGAGGAUGGGCGUGCGCUCUGUGGCCGUGUACAGCGAGGCAGACAAGCACUCCAUGCACGUCGCCAUGGCUGACGAGGCGUACCACAUCGGGCCCGCGGCCUCACAACAGAGCUACCUGAGUAUGGAGAAGGUUCUGGAGGUGGCCAAGAGGUCAGGGGCACACGCUGUCCACCCUGGUUAUGGCUUCCUGUCGGAGAACACAGAGUUUGCGGAAGCAUGCAAACAGGAAGGCAUCAUCUUCAUUGGACCUCCUUCCUCUGCCAUCAGAGACAUGGGGAUCAAGAGCACGUCAAAAUACAUAAUGGCCGCAGCUGGGGUGCCAAUCAUCGGAGGGUACCAUGGGGAGGACCAAUCAGAUGAGAGACUCCAAGCCGAGGCGGUCCAGAUUGGCUACCCUGUGAUGAUCAAGGCGGUCCGUGGAGGAGGAGGCAAGGGGAUGCGUAUCGCUCGGACGGACGCAGACUUCCUGGAGCAGUUGGAGUCGGCGAGAAGAGAGGCCAGGAAGUCCUUCAACGACGACGUCAUGCUGGUGGAGAAGUUUGUGGAGGACCCCAGACACGUGGAGGUGCAAGUGUUCGGCGACCAGCACGGGAACGUGGUGUACCUGUUCGAGAGGGACUGCAGCGUCCAGAGGAGACACCAGAAGAUCAUCGAGGAGGCACCAGGGCCCGGUAUCAGCGCUGAGGUUCGGAGAAAGCUUGGAGAAGCAGCCGUUAAAGCCGCCAAGGCUGUCGACUACGUAGGAGCAGGUACGGUGGAGUUUAUCAUGGACGCCCAGCAUAACUUCUACUUCAUGGAGAUGAACACCCGACUGCAGGUGGAGCACCCGGUCUCAGAGAUGAUCACCGGGACGGACCUGGUGGAGUGGCAGCUGAGGGUGGCAGCGGGGGAGCGCCUGCCUCUCCUCCAGGAUGACAUCGUCCUCAGCGGCCACUCCUUCGAGGCCCGCAUCUACGCAGAGGACCCCGACAACGACUUCAUGCCGGGGGCGGGGCCUCUGCUGCACCUCUCCACGCCCCCGGAGGAGGCGGAGACUCGCAUCGAGACGGGCGUCAGAGAAGGAGACGAGGUGUCGGCCCACUAUGAUCCGAUGAUAGCCAAGCUGGUGGUGUGGGGCCGAGAUCGAUCGUCCGCACUGAAGAAGCUGCGAUACUGCCUACGACAGUACAAUAUCGUGGGUCUCCACACCAACAUCGACUUCCUGCUGAGCCUGUCGGCCCACCCGGAGUUCGAGGCGGGCAACGUGACGACCAGCUUCAUCCCGCAGCACUACGCCCAGCUGUUCCCCGCCGCCCCCCCCCCCGCCGGGGCCACCCUCUGCCAGGCCGCCCUGGGCCUGCUGCUCCGGGAGAGGAGCCUCACGCAGGAGUUCACACGGAGCUCUGCCGACCCCUGCUCUCCCUUCGGCUCCAGCAGUGGCCGGAGGUUCAACAUUCUGUACAACAGGAACAUGACUCUACAAGUGGGAGACAAAAAGGUGGACGUCACGGUCACCUACAACAAAGAGGGGAGCUACACCAUGCAGAUUGGUGAGGAGGUGUACCAUGUGACCGGGGAGGUGGAGUCAGAGGGCGGAGUUUCGUUCCUCCACUGCUCUGUCAACGGGGUGGAGUCGCGUCCCAAACUGGUCAUCGUGGACAACACGGUCCACCUGUUCUCCAUGGAGGGGAGUGCGGCCGUGUCGGUCCCCGUACCGAAGUACCUGGCGGCGGUCAGCGGCUCCGGGGCCCAGGGCGGCGCCGUGGCCCCCAUGACCGGAACCAUAGAGAAGGUGAUGGUGAAGGUGGGAGACCAGGUGUCAGCUGGGGACCCCCUCAUGGUGAUGAACGCUAUGAAGAUGGAGCACACCAUCCGGGCCCCCAAGGCGGGCGUCAUCAAGAAGGUGUUCUUCAAGGAGGGCUCCCAGGCCAGCCGCCACGCCCCAUUGGUGGAGAUGGAGGAGGAGGAGGAGGAGGAAGAGGCCGCCGCCAGCCAGUGAAGAGGCCCCAACGCACUCUCUGGCACACAGGCCCGUGGUUUGUGCGUCGACGCGCGGUACGAGGACGGAGGCGGGGACGGAGGUCGAUGGACGUAGAAUAGAUGGUGUAGAACGAUGUCCUGAGUAAUGGGCCUGUUGUAGGGCUGAUCCACAUCCCUGAUGUUCCCUUCAAACCUCUGCGGAAAACUGCCUUUGCAUUUUGCUAAUUGUGACUAAGUGUAUCGAUCCAAGAACUGACAUCAUUUUUUUCCUCACAUUGUGUCUUUAUAAUCUAGUUUGUUUUUGGUAGCAGGAUCACUUUGUUUUUCCCAGACCCAGUAACUGACUGUACCUUUUGGCUACCCUUACUGUUGCCACUCGUGUGUGUGUGUGUGUGUGUGUGUGUGUGUGUGUGUGUGUGUGUGUGUGUGUGUGUGUGUGUGUGUGUGUGUGUGUGUGUGUGUGUGUGUGUGUGUGUGUGUGUGUGUGUGUGUGUGUGUGUGUGUGUGUGUGUGUGUGUCCAUGCGUCAUUAUGGCAGAUCGCCCUGUGGCAUUACAUAACUCUUAUGAUUGGAAAAUGGGUAUUUGAAAUAUGGGAGUGUGUUCUAGCUGUCGUUUGUAGAAAACACGCUGAAUGACAAACUCCAAAGCCUUGUCACGUGUUUCCCUAAGGCUCACCCUUUGGAGGUACUGAAUUGAGGUGAUGAAUGUCAUUGUAUGACAGAAUUCUCCUGUACUUGGGAGUGUUGAAUAUUAGUGUUUCGGUUGCACAAUGUCAACGUCGCGAGGUCAUAGAAUGAAGAUUGUUAGACUAGUGUUGAGUGAUUCUGUGUGAUAACUAACCAGUGUCUUCUGAAAUCAUUACACACAUGUAUUCAUCUUUGGUUUGGGAUUGUUUAUAGUAAAUGUAUUGUUUGAUUAUGAAUAAAUCAUUUGGAAGUAG